AUGACCGGUUCCUGCCGUGACAAGGUAGAGAACGGCCUCCUGCCGGUGCUUAUGCACAUGGCGAGCACCGCGACCCCGUUCGACCUGCAAGAUUUGACAACGAGGCUCGUGUUCGACAUGACCGCCGCGCCUCUCUUCAGCGUGGACCCUGGCCUCCUCUCCCCGAACAUGCCCCCCAUGGACGCAGCGGCCGCCAUGGACACGGUCAUGGAGGUCGCCUUGUUCCGGCACACCGUGCCGGCCUCUUGCUGGAAGGCGAUGAGGCGGCUAAACAUCGGCCCGGAAAGGAAGCUCGCCGCAGCGCACACGGUUCUAGGUGGGUUCAUUGAGGAGAUGAUGGAGAAGAGGAAGAAGAAGGAACAUGUUGCAAACGAGGGAGAUCCUUCUUCCGUGGACAUUCUGUCUUCCUACAUCGACGAUCCAGACUACCAGCAGAACGAUGGCUUGCUCCAUGCGACGCUCAUCAACUACACGAUCGCCGGGAGGGACAUGAUCGGCACAGCUUUGACAUGGGUCUUCUACAACCUCGCCCAAAACCCUCAUGUCAUGUCGGCCAUCCGCAACGAACUAUCACCUAUUGCAUCACGGAAAGCAGCCACAGGCGCCAACAACAGCAGCACCAUGGUGAUCUUUGAACCGGAGGAGACCAAAUCUCUCGUCUACAUGAGAGCCGCCCUACACGAGUCUCUCAGGUUGCACCCGCCGGUCCCCAUCGAGCGUAAGACGGCGGUCGCCGACGACGUGAUGCCGAGUGGCCAUGUGGUGCACGCCGGUGACACCUUACUGAUUUCUCUCCACUUCAUGGGGAGAAUGGAAGGCGUGUGGGGGAAAGACUGCCGGGAGUAUAACCCGGAUAGAUGGCUCUCAGAGGAUGGCAAGAAGCUGCGGUACGUGCCGUCUCACAAAUUUUUGGCAUUCAGCUCGGGCCCGAGGCUGUGCCUUGGCAAGGACGUCUCAUUCAUGCAGAUGAAUACUAUUGUUGCGGCAAUGGUGUGGAACUUUGAUGUGGAGGUUGUGGAAGGGCAGAGAGUCCAGCCGAAGAUGUCUUGUGUGCUGCAGAUGAAAAAUGGACUCAUGGUGAAGUUGAAGAAGCGAGAUAUGUAA